UGGUUGUAAUAAAAUUACAUGCAUGGACUGGAGAAGAAACCAAAAAUAUCUAUUUCUGUGAGCUGCAAUGCUAAGUGGAUGCAAUGGAAGCCAGGGCUUGCCGAUGAACAAGAGAAGCUGCAGUGAUUUGUUUUUCUAUGUAGGGAUGAGGUUUAUGCAUUGUAAGUGAAACAUUGCUGUUUAUUCCCUGGGAUUUUGCACUCCUGCAUAUAACUGUCUAUCCCUGCCUGCUUGGAGAAAGUCCGCCAUAUUCUGCCUUACCACGCCCGGGGAGCAGAGCCAUUGAAGAAAAAAAAAAAAGAAAAAGGCUGGCAGUGGAAAUGAUUGCAGGCAGGCAUAUCCUGUGACACCAAGAAGACCAUAAGGAUCCUUGGAUGCAUAAGGACAAGGCAUUGAAACAACAAAAAGGAGAAAAUUAAAAGAAGGAUCUGAAGGGUGGCAAAUUUGAGGAUCUCUGCUGAGGGGGGAAGAAAAAAAAUCAGGAGGAAAAGAAAAAAAAAUGUGUGAGAAGGGGGGAGGGGUACAAGCUGAUUAGCCUGUUAGCAUUACAUUAGGGUCUGGAUUUGACUGCAGGAGAGCUUGCACUCAUUGCAAAGGGAUCUUUCUUUGGGGGGGUGGGGGAAGUGUGCAUUUGCAAAGAAAAAAAAAAGACAAAAAUUAGAGAGAGAAAGGAAAGAAAUAAAGAAGGGCCGUAGCAGUAGCAGUGUAGGAUUGAGCUGUAGAUCUGCAGUGUGAGAGCCAGGCUUGCCAGCAGCCCCUGGCUGGGUGUUUGCUGUACACUGAGUGCUGUUCUUCCCAUGGAUGUCACCAGGUUAUUUGGUGCAUGGUUCUGAGAGGAGGCGGAGUUGGAGCAGCCGAGUGACAGCACAGAUCGGGUGUUCGGUGUCCCCCUGUACUCGGGCUACGGCAGCACCCACCCACCCCAGGGUGCCUUCACAUCAGCUGCUCGGCGGGGGCACCUGCAUCCCUCUCCCCCCUGCCCAGUGGAGCUGAUCGGCUGCCAUUCCCUGACGGACAUUGCCCCCCUGUGCGCCGCCCGUGUUGUCAUCGCACUGCGUGGCCUUUCCUGCGAGCAGUCCGUGCUAGCGGUAUCAGCAGGUCGGUCGGUGGCUGCUUGCAGGGUGGGGGUCUCUCUCUCUCCACCAGUCGGCAGACAUGACUCUGGAGUCCAUCAUGGCGUGCUGCCUCAGCGAGGAGGCCAAGGAAGCCAGGAGGAUCAACGACGAGAUCGAGAGGCAGCUCCGCCGGGAUAAGAGGGACGCCCGCCGGGAGCUCAAGCUGCUGCUGCUCGGCACUGGAGAAAGUGGCAAAAGCACAUUUAUAAAACAAAUGCGAAUUAUUCAUGGAUCAGGCUACUCUGAUGAAGAUAAGAGGGGAUUUACCAAACUUGUGUAUCAGAAUAUAUUCACAGCAAUGCAGGCAAUGAUCCGAGCUAUGGAGACCCUUAAAAUCCCAUACAAGUAUGAACACAACAAGGGCCAUGCACUGUUAAUUAGAGAAGUUGAUGUUGAGAAGGUAUCCACAUUUGAGAACCCUUAUGUAGAUGCAAUAAAGUAUUUAUGGAAUGAUCCAGGCAUUCAAGAGUGUUACGACCGAAGACGGGAAUAUCAGCUUUCUGAUUCCACGAAAUACUAUCUCAAUGACCUGGACCGUAUAGCAUCUCAUGGAUAUCUUCCUUCUCAACAAGAUGUUCUAAGGGUCAGAGUUCCAACAACAGGCAUUAUUGAAUACCCCUUUGAUUUACAAAGCGUCAUUUUCAGAAUGGUGGAUGUAGGAGGGCAGCGAUCUGAAAGGAGAAAAUGGAUACACUGCUUUGAGAAUGUCACUUCCAUAAUGUUCCUGGUAGCCCUUAGUGAAUACGAUCAAGUGCUUGUGGAGUCUGACAAUGAGAACCGGAUGGAAGAAAGCAAGGCGCUGUUUAGGACAAUUAUCACAUAUCCCUGGUUUCAAAAUUCUUCAGUCAUCCUGUUUCUAAACAAGAAAGAUCUUCUGGAGGAGAAAAUUAUGUACUCUCAUCUAGUUGAUUAUUUCCCAGAAUAUGAUGGGCCACAACGUGAUGCACAAGCAGCAAGAGAAUUCAUUUUAAAGAUGUUUGUAGAUCUGAAUCCUGACAGCGACAAAAUCAUCUACUCGCACUUCACCUGCGCCACAGACACAGAGAACAUUCGCUUCGUCUUUGCUGCUGUCAAGGACACGAUCCUACAGCUGAAUCUGAAGGAAUACAACCUGGUCUAACUAUGCCUGCUAGCUUUCCCUAUCCCCAUUUGGGCCAUUGAAGAAAAUACAAGGAGGACUGUAUUAUCUAUAAGAGGAAAAAAAAAAAACAAUUUGCAUAAUACUAAUUUAUUGCCGUCCUGGACUCUGUGAAAGUCCACAGAGUUUGUAGUAAUUAUUAUGAUUUUAUUUAAACUACGUAGAGGAAAACAAAAACGUAGCUGCCAUAUACAGCGGCACAAUUUUCUAGGAGAAGACGACGUGUUUUCAUUCUCAGUCGUGCACUCACAAGGCCGGUUUAGUUUUUGUGUUUCAAUUUUUAAGAAGGGAGCAGGGUGCUUUCAAUUCCGCAUGAGGCUCGGACGCCCCUACUGCCCCAGGGUAUUUUACUCUUUUAAAGUAGGUUACUUUUCCCGUCCCCACAAUCAUUCCUUCCUGAGCCGCUUCUAGUACUAAACAAUUAGGCAUAAUUUUUAUUUUAUUUAAGCCAUCUGCUUUUGCUAAUUUAUAUACUUUUCUGAAGGAUAAAAAAAAAAAAGUAUUGAUACUGUGAUUUUUAAAUUAUUGACAUGUAUAGAGUAAACUUUUUUUCUUUGGGUUGUCUUUUGUCACUUCGAAGUAUAACUAGAACUACUUACUCAGUGGGUUAAAUUUUUCGCCAUCCGUUAAUUAAGAAACACAAUGGCAAGUGGUUAAAAUAUAUUAAGAAACUCCAUGUACCCAAGAGAGGAGAAUAGAGUGAGCAUGUAUUAUUUGCAACGUGCCAAUGUGGAAGGGAAAGUUUAAAAAAAAAAAAAAAGGAAAAAAAAUUAUAUAUAUUUUAUUUUAUUUUCGCUUGCACAUACAGAAUGCCAUUAACACUACACCCCAGCUAAAUGUUUUUGUUUUGUUUUUUUAAAAAAGGUAUUUCAGAUUCUUUUUAUUAAUUAAGAUCAAAUUUCCAGUUGCCAAAAGAUGGCUUUCUUUUUGUACUGUACAUAGAAGAUGAAAUGCCAAAAUAACUCAUUAGGUUCCAACUUUAUCUGGUGACUGCCAAAUGGUUAUCUGUUUCACUUAACAUUUCUAGGUGUUUUCAAAUCCCUUAUCAUGGUAUUCCAUUAACUUUGCCAAAUAAACAAAAAUAUUGCAUAUGCUA